CUCAACAGUCAUGCGCAUUCGGCUUCGGCCGAUGUCCGCCAAAUGGCGAAUAAAUGAUUCUCCAGCAAAAAUAGUCCUCAAAGUAGGUAGUUUUGAUUUCAGUUCUUGAAUUUUACCUGAAUUUUUAGUUCAAACACUUAAGUUCGUCAUGGCGGGCUUUGAGCGUGCUGGCUUGCCUGGUUGUGAAUAUAUUCGACAAACUUUGACGAAUUCUCCUGACUUGGCAGCCGCCAUUGAGAACUUUCAACAUGACAAUGGAGUUCUCUUGCCAUCGCUGCAAUCAGCACUGCCUUUUCUUGACUUACAUGGUGUUGGAAGAUUGGAGUUUCAUACAUCGGUGAUGGAUCACUUAAAAGAUACUGUCCUGCGAAAACUGAAGACACUAGAAGAGUCUAAGUUGAAAGAGCUUUUAGAACAAUCAUUUCCUUUUAUUCACGUGGAAGAACUUAGACCAGUUGUCAUGCAGAUCAUGAAAUAUCUUCCUAAAGUGAGCGAUGAGUGCCUUGAGCACAUAGCUAAUGACACAAAACUUUACGAAGACUGCACAAUAGAAGUCAAAAGACAAAUAUGGGUAAAACAUCACCAUCUGUUUGGAGAUGCAGUAGGGCCUUUGUUAAAGCAAUACCUAGAAGCAAAGUAUACUCUACUGCAUGCUACUGACGCCCAUUCAUGCAGUGACUUUUUCUCUAUUUCAUCUAAAGUUAGACGUCAAAAUUCAGUUGUCCAGGAUCUGGCAAAAAUGAUAGGAAAGUCCUUGCAGCUCUAUAAUUUAGUCUUACAGUUUUUAAGAACAUUGUUCCUUCGAGCUAAUGAAGUUCACUACUGUACUCUGCGGUCAGAGCUGUUAAUGGCUGUUCAUGAUCUAGAAGUAAAAGAUAUCAAAGACAUUGACCCAUGUCAUAAGUUUACAUGGUGCUUAGAUGCUUGUAUUAGAGAAAAGAAUAUUGAAGGGAAAAGAAUACGAGAAUUACAUGGGUUCCUUGACGCUGCUAAAAAGGAAGAAGAACGUGUUGUAGGUGAUAUUGCCAUGAUACUAUGUGAUCCAUUUGCUGUAAAUACCAUAGCAAAAAGUAUUAUCAAACUGCUUCAAAGACUGGUUCAUUCAGAAACCCUUCCUAGAACCAACAAUGAUGUAAACUUUUUGCUGCGGUUGUUAAGCCUUGGUGUUGGUGCAUGGGAUAUGAUAGAAAAGCAGGCCUUUAAAGAGCAGCCAGUGAAUCCAGAUCUGGCCGACAAGUUUCUUCCUUUCAUCAUGUCGUUGAUGGUGGAUAGCUCACUGAGGACCUACAGUGAUAAAGUACCAGAAGAUGACAUUGAAGAAGAACUGUUGACAGUUGGUCACAAACAUGCUCAAGACUUCAUGGAUAUGCUGGCCACUGAUAAAGUUGCCUUUACCCUGUCUUGGUGCUAUCUACUGAGUCUGCUCAAGCAAAAAGACAAAGGUUCUGUAUUACAUGUCCUGCCAUGGUUUGUGUCUCCCUGUCAAUCAAGACCAUUAGAUGAGAUUGAGCUGCACACCCUAGUCACAUCGUUGGUGGGAAUGCAAGAUGAGUUUGCUAAUGCUGAUUUCUGUAAUGCUGUAUUUGAUAACUUUCUACUUGGUCUGACGUCACAGACUGCAGCCAUAAGACAUACUCUGAGGCUGCUUUGGUUUGUGUAUCCUAAGAUUUACUCACAUAAAGUUGUACAGAUUCUUACUGCAACUCAACCAGAAAGUGAGCAUCCUGAAGCCAUCCAUGAACUUCAUUCAGCGUUGGUAGAUCGUAUUGCUAGUGCCAACCCAUCUACACCUUCACAAGAACAGACAUCAUCAGUGUCAUCAAUGGGUUCCUCUUCUCACAGUCCUCUAGAAUACAUACAGCCAGACAGUUCAUAGUAUCAUAUAGCAAAUAACAACCAAAAACAAAAGAGUUAUCCAUACUAAUCUACUUCAGCCUUCAUCAGAGAGGUGAUGAAUUGACCUAGUUCAUUAUGACGUCACAUCAAAACAUUCUAUUGUUUUAACGCUAAGGAUUAUGGUCGCCAGAAGGGAACAGAGUGACUGCAUUUCAAAUAAAAUGUACAUGAACAAUCAUUUAUACACGAUAUAUAUCAAAACACGAUUCAUUGAAGUUCUACUUUAGUAGACAAUAUAAAUUGGUCCAAAUUUCCACUGUUUUGAGCAUCGUGUUCCCAUGCAAACAUACUGUGACGUCAUAAUGAAAUAGGGCAAUUCACCUAAGUGAAUAAGUAAUAAGUAUUUCAAAGUCUGUUGGUUUAGAUUUAUUUAUUUGUAUUAUUAGAUUUCACCAGCACUGAUAAGUGAAACUAGAGUUUCAAAGCACAGCUUAAUGUGUCCACCAAGCAGGAGUCUUAUCUCACUAAUAGCAUGCGAGUGUAGACAGGGUGUAAUGCAUCCCAUUUUGAAGUGUAAUUUAGUUUACUCGCAGUCAGUUCCCACGGUAACAACAUGUAAAAACAAUUAUGUAAUACAGAAUGGGUCAUUUGCUGCUGCGACACCAUUUUCUCGUACAAUGCAACGGUCAAUGGAGUCCUUGUGAAUAUUUACCAUUUUCGUGUUUUCUUAACAAAAAUUUAGCAGUUUUUAAGUUUUUGUAAAGAAAAUAGUAGUUGUAGCUGGAAUUGUGCAAGGACUACAUUUUCCUUACUUUUAUUUGUCCCCAAAAUGGCGUCGCAACACAUUGCAUGGUAACUUGGAACCAAAAACAAAAUAUAAAUAUUCCAAAUGACUACACAGACAAGUUGUAUGUAUACAGAUCAACUAAGUAAAAGAAGCGUUUAAAAGGAGAUGUAGUAUAUUUUAAGCAAUAAAUAUUAUUAUUAAAUGUUGUGGGAAAAGUU